GGCAUGAGGCGGCAGGAGGCGCUGGGGACGCCGGCGGGGACGGCCGAGGCCACCGACCGGGAGCAGCCGCGGCCCGCCGGGCUGGGGAGCCGGGUGUGCGCGGAGCCGGGCGGCCCGGAGCCCCGCCAGCCCCGUGAACAGUGGAAGACAUUUCUAUACUGUGAGCCACAUAGGAGAAUCAGGGAGGUGCUGGAAGAGGAGCUCUACAUAAGGAGGGAUGAAUGCCACGUUAAAAGUCCUCCUGCAGUGGCUCUGGAUGGGGUUUGGAGCAUUCAGAGGAAUCUCCCUGUGGGAAGUGCAAAGCCAGGACAGCCGAGUCGGAACAGUUUACUCCCACAAGCCAAGUACUAUUCAAGACACGGAGGCCCGAGAAGAUAGGAGACGGACGCCAUUUUCCACAGAGACAAACUUUCUUUCCCCUAAUGUCUGAAGAACAGAAGAAACCCAAGCUUGUUUCUCGAUUUAAGAUGUUUGAAAAAAGUGUUUAUUAGUCUAUAACAUCUAUUUAUAAAUCAG